AAUUUAUACAUCAACCAGUACAAAUUAUUAUGAGUAAUAGACAUACAAAUAUGAGUUUUUGAACUGCAAAUGGCCUAAUCAUUAGCAUAUUGAUUGCUCAGAAAAUAUAAUCGCUGAUUCAUUCUGCCAAAAUAAUAAACAAAGCUAUUCUUUUAUCUAAAAUUUCGCCAGGAUUCUUCUUUCUAGCUAAGGAAUAUGAAGGGUUGAACAGUAUAUGAAAAGUAGCGAUUGGGGAGUUGCCAGUAAGGAAGGAUUGCCGCUCGUUCCAUACAUGUCAGCUUAGACUCUGAUCGAACUGCUACACUUUUGUGGGCUCUAUCGUGUUCAUUCUCCUUUGAUCAACUAUACUUCUAAGCAUCCUUACGCGUUCAAAUUUGCUUCGUAGUUCCGCAUUUCAUUAUCCGAAUUAGUGAAGGGAGUCAAUAUGUCUAUGAAUCAAACGAAGACAAUAGAUUUGGAUGAAGGAUUGGAAUUUAUGCAAAAGGGGAUUUCAAAGCUAAAGCGGAUUUUGGAAGGGCAGCCUGAGUCUUUUGUCUCUGAAGAAUAUAUUUUGCUUUACACCACUAUCUAUAACAUGUGCACGCAGAAGCCCCCUCAUGAUUAUUCUCAGCAACUAUAUGAGAAAUACAAGGAAGCUUUUGAUGAGUAUAUCAAUUCAGUAGUUUUGCCGUCAUUGAGAGAGAAGCACGACGAAUUCAUGCUAAAAGAGCUUGUUAAAAGAUGGGCGAACCACAAGAUUAUGGUCAGGUGGCUCUCUAGAUUUUUCUACUACCUUGACCGGUACUUUAUUGCUAGGAGGUCACUUCCUCCUCUCCACGACGUUGGGCUUAUUUGCUUUCGUGAUCUGGUUUACCAGGAAGUGAGAAGUAAAGCCAGAGAUGCUGUUAUUGCUCUGGCAAGUCUUAUGCCUCCUUAAUCGUUUUCACUAUUUUACAGAUAUUGCUGUGCAUUUGUAAUAAAAGAUAAAUACUUCCAUACCAGAUUGAUCAAGAACGUGAGAGUGAGCAGAUUGAUAGGGCAUUACUCAAGAAUGUUUUGGACAUCUUUGUUGAAAUUGGAAUGGGACAGAUGGAAUACUAUGAGAGUGACUUUGAAGAUGCCAUGCUCAAAGACACUGCUGCUUAUUAUUCUCGGAAGGCAUCAAACUGGAUUGUUGAAGAUUCUUGUCCAGAUUACAUGCUGAAGGCUGAAGAGUGUUUGAAGAAGGAAAAAGAACGGGUUUCUCAUUAUCUACAUUCCAGUAGUGAAGCCAAGCUCUUGGAGAAAGUGCAAAAUGAGCUGCUAGUAGUAUACACCAAUCAGCUGCUUGAAAAGGAGCAUUCUGGUUGCAGAGCACUGCUGAUGGAUGAUAAGUUGGAAGAUCUAUCUAGGAUGUAUAGGCUUUUUUUAAAGAUUACCAAAGGAUUGGAUCUGGUUGCCAAUAUGUUUAAACAGCAUGUUACUGCUGAAGGCAUGGUGUUGGUGCAGCAGGCUGAAGAUGCUGCUAAUAGUAAAGCUGAAAGCACUGCUGGGAGCUCACAGGAACAGAUCUUUGUUCGGAAAGUGAUUGAGCUUCAUGACAAAUAUAUGGCAUAUGUGACAGACUGUUUUUCGAACAAUUCUCUUUUUCAUAAGGCAUUGAAAGAAGCAUUUGAGGUAUUCUGUAACAAGAUUGUUGGUGGGUGCUCCAGUGCUGAACUCUUAGCUUCUUAUUGUGAUAAUAUCCUUAAAAAGGGUGGUAGUGAAAAACUCAGUGAUGAAGAUAUUGAGGAAACAUUGGAUAAGGUUGUCAAGCUUUUGGCAUAUAUCAGUGAUAAGGAUCUUUUUGCUGAGUUUUAUAGGAAAAAGCUGUCCCGUCGAUUGCUUUUUGAUAAAAGUGCAAAUGAUGAUCAUGAAAGACUUAUCUUAACAAAGUUGAAGCAGCAGUGUGGUGGACAGUUCACCUCAAAGAUGGAGGGAAUGGUUACAGAUUUGACUUUAGCAAAGGAAAAUCAGAAUAAUUUCCAAGAUUAUCUCAACAAUAACCCAGCUGCUAGUCCUGGAAUCGAUUUGACUGUUACAGUUCUCACAACUGGAUUCUGGCCUAGCUAUAAAUCGUCAGAUUUGAGUCUCCCAGCAGAAAUGGUGAAAUGUGUGGAAGUUUUUAAGGAAUUUUAUCAGACAAAAACGAAACAUAGGAAGCUUACCUGGAUUUAUUCUUUGGGAACAUGCAAUAUAAAUGGGAAGUUUGAGACCAAAACUAUUGAAUUGAUACUGGGAACUUACCAGGCUGCUGCAUUGUUGCUAUUCAAUGCAUCAGAUAGACUGAGUUACCAAGAUAUUAAAAGUCAACUGAAUUUGGCUGAUGAGGACUUGGUCAGGCUGCUACAGUCUCUUUCCUGUGCCAAGUAUAAAGUUCUGAUUAAGCAACCUAGCAACCGCACUGUUUCUCCCAAUGAUCAUUUUGAGUUCAACUCCAAGUUUACUGAUAGAAUGAGGAGAAUCAGGAUUCCCUUGCCUCCGGUGGAUGAAAGGAAAAAGGUGGUGGAAGAUGUUGAUAAGGAUAGGCGUUAUGCUAUUGAUGCUUGCAUAGUGCGAAUCAUGAAGAGCAGAAAAGUGUUGACCCAUCAGCAGUUGGUUUUAGAGUGCGUUGAACAGUUGAGCCGUAUGUUCAAGCCUGAUUUCAAGGCGAUCAAGAAGAGAAUAGAAGAUCUAAUUACGCGAGAUUACCUGGAGAGGGACAAAGAGAACCCAAACAUGUUCAAGUACCUGGCCUAAAACGGGCUUUUGCCUGCCUGCCCUCUUGAAUGGAUUUAUCACGUAUUGGAAGGAAAUCAAUAUUUGCUUUUGCAGUAUAGUUUCUUUGCUUAGACUAGUUUGUUAGUGCAUGCAUUCUGGGUCGGUUUUUUGGAUUUUAGCCCUCCUACCUCAUCUAAAUUAGAGAGCGAAAUUGUGCUGCUGUUAAUAGAUUUGGAUAGAUCCGAUGGAUGAAUGGAAUGGCAAUGAUACAAGUUUGAUAUAGUAGAUGAUGCUCCCCUUUUUGUUUAUAGCGUCCUCUUCUUUAAGUAAGAAUUGCAAAGCUUGAUCCUGUCUUUAUUCCACGUUGUAUGUACUUUU